UUACAGACAGGUCGAUCUGUUUUUCUGUAUUCCCUGGAUAAAAGGUUACGCUCAAAGCUACCGCUGUAUCCCUGUACCUGACACCGCGGGUCUAUCUAUCGACUUGCCUUGGCUCCAGUUUUAUGUGGGCAAUAAGUUCGCCUUUCGCUUGACUAUAUUUGUGCCACAAAAGUCGAACGGAACAGUUGGGCAGUCUGCCGGUCGACGGCAGAGCAAGCUUACAGUUGAUUGCUCUGAAAGGCGUGUCUCUGUCAAAUGUUCCUGUCUUUUGGUUAGUUUCACCUGGAACAAGUCUCUCACAACCGAUGGAGAACGUCACGAAACGGUAAAUUCCUGGAAAGAUACUUUUAACGGAAACUUCACAUGGCCACAACGAUGGAGUACGGAGAUUUCGAUGAUUCAGCUGAAAACGGAAGUUCUCUGGAAAAUUCUUUUUACUAUAGUGAUAUUGAAAAUUUACGCAAACCUUGGAUAAAAGAGCCUCAUUUUAUCCCUACUAUUGUUGUAUACGGGUUGGCGUUUUUAGUCGGGAUAGUUGGAAAUCUUUUGGUAGUUUUUGCUGUGCUGGCGGACAGAAAAAGUCGAAAUGUUACGACAACGUUUCUGGUGAGCUUAGCCAUUGCUGAUCUCUUGUUCCUGUUGGUGUGUGUCCCGUACGUGACAAGCCGCUAUUUCAUCAGUCACUGGAGUGUGGGAAGAGCUUUUUGCAAAGUUGCGGGCUUCGUAGAAAUGCUCUCGGCCGUUUCUUCUAUCAUCAAUUUAACCUCGGUCAGCGUUGAGCGGUAUAUUGUGAUAGUUCAUCCGAUACAAUCACGAUUUCUUUGCACUCGGGGCAAUACCAUCAAAGUCCUGGCUUUCGUCUGGCUACUGGCUAUUGUAGCCUCCUUUCCAGCCGCCUUUGUCAUGGACAUAGAAGAAACCCUUUAUCACAACAACUUUACUUCCGUGAGCGUGAUAUUCUGUGGGGAUGUUGGCAUCCCAGAGCAGGAUAGACUUGCUUUUGCAAUCUAUCAGUUCAUCGCCAUGUUUGCCGCGCCUACUAUCAUCAUGACCUUUUGUUAUGCUAGGGUUAUUUACGUUCUUUGGAUCAGUUCUAAACGACUUAAGGAAAUGACGGAUCCGGACGGGCAUGGCAGACUGGUUCCUAUGAACCAACCCGACUACUCCUACAACAGAAAGGUCAGAAGUAGCGUUUUCCGCAGAAUGAAUAAAGAGCACAGUAUUGAAAUUAGAGAAGCAAGAAAACAGGUGAUAAAAAUGCUGAUGACCGUAAUCGUCGUUUUCCUUUUAUGCUGGGGACCAAAACUUAUUCUCCGAAUUUUGCUGAAGAAAAAGCACGAGUAUCUGUAUUUCAACGCCGUAUUUGUUGCAAGGAUUGUUUUUGACUGCCUUCCCUACAUACAGUCCUGUCUCAAUCCUAUAAUAUACGGAUUCAUGUCUCGGAACAUUCGAAAAAGCAUGCGCAUAGCCUGUCAGACUUACGUCAAAUGCCCGUACACAGUGACGCGGAUUUGGAAGCGGGACGUGUACACCGGCAAAGAGUUGGACUCUGAAUGUCGAAGUAACGGCACCAUACCAAGCAGUUCCAGCAAAACAUCACACCGAUCUUCGAAAAGCAGCGGAUACUACGAAGAAAGCACGCUACAACUGUAAUUAUUAUGUGGAAGUGUAGGUCUGCUGGCUGUAUGCGCUCUAUGCUAUAUUAUCGUCCACAAAAAAACAUGCGUUUUUGUUUUUGCCGUAGGUUUCGCCACCUUCAGAAUUGUUGACAAACCGUGCAGAGAAAAUAAAAGCCAAUUGGUUAACAGGCACCGGUGGUAUCACGAAGACCUGACUUCAGUAUAUAUAGAGGGUUAAGCGGGUCUAGACUUUAAACAGAGUGAACAACCUGUGCAACUUCUGAACAAAGAAAUGUGGAAAAGACAUAUAUUUAUUUGGUUAUAUAUGUAAUACUUAUAUAUAAGGAAAAAUCCUUUCUCGUCGGAAGAAACGUGAGAGACGUGUACCUGUGAUCAUAACCGAAAAAAAAA